GGGUGUUCAUAUGCAGUUGCCUAACUCUCCUUCCAAUGCCCUCAUCUUGUCUCCCCCCAGGCCUCUGCACCAUAGUUUACUACUUUGCCACAGGCCAUCUCCUCUGGGGGUGGCUGGCCCUUUCUGUCCUCCUGCCUGGCUUCUUGGUCCAGGCCCUGAGCUAUCUGUGGUUCCAAGCAGAUGGGCACGGGGGUCACUGGUGGCUGGUGUUACUGCAUCUGCUGCAGCUUGGCGUCUGGAAGCGGCACUGGGACUCCCUGGCAGCUGCUCUGAGGAAGGGAAGGGAGGCUCCCUGCUGGGGACAGCUGCACCUGCAAGAGGCUGACCUGUCAGCGCUCAGGCUCCUGGAGGCUCUGCUCCAGACAGGGCCCCACCUGCUGCUUCAGGCCUAUGUGUUCCUAGCCUCUGGCUUCACAGAUACUGUACCAGGGAUCAGUGCCCUGCUUUCCUGGUCUUCACUGUCCUGGGCCCUUGUGUCAUACAACCAUUUCCUGGGUGUCAUGAAGCCUGGCCAUCGAGCGACGCAAUGGGCUGCUCUCUUGUGCCAGCAGCUGUGGCGGAUGGGCAUGCUGGGAGCCCGUGUGCUGAGCCUGGUUCUGUUCUGCAGAGUUUACCGGGUUUGGGUUUUGGUGGUUGGAGGUGCUCACUGGCUGGUGAUGACCUUCUGGCUUGUAGCCCAGCAGAGCGACAUCGUGGAGAGCACCUGCCACUGGAGGCUUUUCAACCUGCUGGUGGGGGCCGUGUACAUCCUCUGCUACAUCAACUUCUGGGACAGCCCUUCCAGAAGCAGGAUGGCCAGCUUCUACUUGGUCAUGCUGCUGGAGAACUCCAUCCUCUUACUCUUGGCCACUGACUUUCUGCAGGGAGCACCAUGGGCCAGCCUCUGGACUGUGGCGGGAGUCUUGUCUGGAUUUCUCAUUGGCAGUGUCUCACUGGUUAUUUAUUAUAGCCUACUACAUCCAAAAUCUGCAGACAUCCAGCAGAACUUCUUGAGGAAAUGCUGUGGCCCCAUAGAGAAUGACAAAGCUGAAUCCGAGCCUUCUCCCGGGGCCAUAGUUCCAGCAGGGGAGAGGCCAGAGAGCUCGAGCUGGUGCCAAGAGGAAAGCUAUGAGCUAACCAGUCUAGAUAAGGCCUCCAGCCCAGAGCAGGAUACCACAGAGGCGGGGCUGGGGGACCAGAGAUCCGGGGAGUACUCCUUCUACAGCCACCACCACUGGCUGUUGGUGAAACUUGCUCUCAAGACAGGAAGUGUAUGUAAGAUCAACGCAGCCCUUGGAGGUGACAGCCCUAGCUGCUCCUGUCCCCCUGUGUUGGGGUCGAGUCAACACUGUAAUCUGCAGAGGAAGCCCCUGUUUUCCCAGCAAGACAUCCCAUCCUCUCCUCAUGACCCUCCGACCUUGGAGAAAGGCCCUGCCUAUGCAGGUGCCCCAAAAGCAGAGAUGGAGUCAUUGGAAACUUCAAGCUUCGUCUCCUUUGCCAGUGAGCACGAGGACAGUUCAACUGUCCAGAAGCCACCAGCUCCACAGGAGGAGGACAGCCCAAAGGAUGGACCCGAGGCUGACCUUGAAGCUCAGGGGAGGGAUGCGGUUGGCCCUCUGAAAGGCGAGGAAGGGCAGGCAAACACAACACUGUACUUCAGUGCCACCAUGGAAAGGACCACGCCCUCUUACCAAACAGGCAGCCCAGCGGCUCUGCGGGCACCCCACUCGGGAACACUGAGAGAGAGCAGGCCUGCGCAGCCUGAUUUGCCUCAGACAGUCACAAAGCCCUUCCCUGUUACCAUGGCCAACAUUAGUCCCAUUCCAGGCAGAAACUUCUGCCCCAGUGCAGGCCUCCCUGGGCGAGCCCCAGAGAGUUCAGAGUGUGAGGAAUGGAGGGGGCCUGCAGGGGACAUCAGUAUACAGAGGUCCUUGCCAAUGAGGAGCCUGAGACCUGCUGAAGAGCCUUGCUUCACAUCUACCCCCAAGUCUGCGUCUAUCCAGAGGGACUGUAGCUGCAGGGACAGGAAGAGCCAGGAGGUGAGCUUUUUCAUCUGAUCUUAGCCAUGGUGGAAUGAGCCAACCCAUCAGCAUCAUGGGAAGAGUGGAAUGGGUCAUCAGACUGGCUGUUCAGCAUCGUGGGAAGAGAAAUCCCAUGCCGACGCCCGUGUCCUCCCGCCUCUGAUAAGGGAACAGGACUGGAUGAUGUCUGAAACCUCCCCUCCGCAUCACACACGGUCCUUCCACACAGCAGAGAUUCGAGUGCAAUGGAGAGAGGCGAAGGGGCUUCUGGUGCCUUCUAUGAGGGGCCGGAGCCCCAACACAUCUCUCUCUCCUGCAGCUUCUAGGAAAUGCAAAAGUAAAACUCACAAGUCCAAUUUCAUCCUGGACUCUAUCAUUAGCUGUUCUUCACACAGGAUGGCUGUUAAUCACUUGUUUUUAAAAAAAAAUAAAUACUUUGGGGGCUGGAGAUAUGGUCCAGCAUUAAGUUAUGCUCUUCCAGAGGACCCAGGUUCAAUUCCAUGACAACUCAUGACCGCCUGUGACUCCAGUCCCCAGGGAGAUGAUGCCCGCCCUCUGCUAGCCUUUGUGGACACUGCACACACAUGGUGCGCAGACACACAUGCAAUAAAAACACACCUGCAACUUUAAAAAAUACACACAGCGUGUUUUCUAGAUACAUUA